GGAAAGAGCUUCAGUGAGAGGGGAAACCUUUAUACACAUCAAAGGAGCCACUCAGGAGAGAAACCGCAUAAAUGCCUGGAGUGUGGAAAGAGCUUCAAUCGGAGGGAACACCUUUAUAGACCGCAUAAAUGUCUGGAGUGUGGAAGGAGUUUCAGUCGGAGGGGACACCUUUAUAGACAUCAAAGGAUCCACUCAGGAGAGAAAUCUUUUAAAUGCCUGGAGUGUGGAAAGAGCUUCAGUCGGAGGGGACACCUUUAUAGACAUCAAAGAAUCCACUCAGGAGAAAAAGUGCAUAAAUUUCUGGAGUGUGGAAAGAGCUUCAGAGAGAAACCAUAUAAAUGCCUGGAGCGUGGAAAGGGUUUCUGUGGGAAGAGAA